GUAGCGUGAUGCAUGCUGGGAUAGCUCUGUGACGUCAAUGCUGUUUUUUGUUUGCUGGUUAAAUCUGCAGUUUUAUCGGACCUUCAGCUUUAUGGUCUGAUUUAUCGGGAAAAUUCUGGGCCAGGUGAGCCGAUACCCGCCUGCCGAGUCCGUCUGGUGUCCGAUUACGGACGGAUGGUGCAGAAAACAGGUUUUCACUGAUACUGAGUGAGCUUCCCCAGUGAAAGAGAGUGAGCCUUCUUGGUGAUACAGAGCGAGUUUUCCAUCCAAAGCGAGCCUUCCCCGUCACACUGAGCAAGUUUCCCCCGUGCGGCCGUCAUGUCGUUCCCAGAGACAGACUCGAACUCCUGCAGUUCGGCGUCGCUCAGCCUGCCCGGAACCGUCCGCCCGACGCGCAAACAGUCGCGAUUCUCCUUCCGACACAUCUUCUCCCGAACCCGCGGCUCCAAGUCCCGCCGCCACAACAAAGGUCGCGACCUGGAGGGCGUAACCAUGGCAAUAUCCUCGGUGUCGGCACAGACCUCUCUGGGUUCCACCACGGGAAUCCAGCUAACGAGUGGGGCGGGCGGAGACAAGGCGACAGAAUGCCCGCUGUGCUGCACGGAGUACCCGCCCGCGAACUUUCCCGACAUCGCCACGUGCCCGCACCGCUCCUGCAUCGACUGUCUGCGGCAGUACCUCCGCAUCGAGAUCACCGAGAGCCGCGUCAACAUCUCCUGUCCGGAGUGCUCCGAGCGCUUCCACCCCACCGACAUGCAGAGGAUUCUGGGAGACCGCGGCCUGAUGGAUAAAUACGAGGAGUUCAUGCUGCGCCGGUGCCUGGUGUUGGACCCGGACUCAAGAUGGUGCCCUGCACCGGACUGUGGCUAUGCUGUGAUAGCCAGCGGCUGUGCGAGCUGCCCUAAGUUACAGUGCCUGCGUGAGGGCUGUGGCACGUAUUUCUGCUACCACUGCAAGGCUGAGUGGCACCCGAACCAGACGUGCGACAUGGCGCGGCAGCAGAGAACCAACCAGCUGCGCUCGUCCUCCGUCAGCUACUCGCAGGUCUCCGCCGCGGACGACAUCAAGCCCUGCCCGCGGUGCGGAGCCUACAUCGUCAAGAUGGACGACGGGUCCUGCAAUCACAUGACCUGCGCCGUGUGCGGGGCCGAGUUCUGCUGGCUCUGCAUGAAGGAGAUCUCCGACCUCCACUACCUAAGCCCGUCAGGCUGCACGUUCUGGGGGAAGAAGCCCUGGAGCAGGAAGAAGAAGAUCCUGUGGCAGCUGGGCACCCUCGUCGGGGCGCCGGUCGGAAUCGCUCUGAUUGCUUCCAUCUCGCUUCCUGCUAUGAUCAUCGGGAUUCCGGUCUACAUGGGCAGGAAGAUCCAUAACAAGUAUGAGAACCUGCCUCCACACCGACGCCACCUGGCUGUCACGGGGGGAGUUUCAUUAUCCAUCCUGGUGGCACCUGUACUGGCAGCACUCACUGUUGGUAUUGGAGUCCCCAUCAUGUUGGCGUACGUGUACGGUGUGGUCCCGAUCUCGCUGUGCCGGAGCGGCGGCUGCGGUGUGAGAACCACACAGAAGGGCGGAGUUCGCUUCGAGUUCGAUGAUGACAACGAGGCGACUGUUGGGGCGGCCGGAACGAUGGCAGGUGAGAACAUGAGUAUCGGCCCCGGGAAGGAGGGGAACCCGAGUAUCGGGGAGGGCAGUCUGCUGAGCGCGAGCAGUAGCCAGGUGGAGCGGCUCGGCGUACUGCGGGACUCCGUCAGCGAUCGGGACUCCGCAAGUACCAUGGCCAUCGCGGGGAGCCUGGCCGGGAGUACCGGGGCUACCACUGCACACAGGCUGGAGGUCCAAGCAGAUGUGCAGAGGAAGCGGUGCAGUGUGAGCAGCGAGUCGCCCUCGGCCAGUCUGGGAGACAACGCCAGCACCGUGGCCAUGGCAGGCUCGCUGCUGAACGGGAUCGGAGCAUCCUCCUACACACUGGGCGGGGCUGUUGCCGGGGCAACCAUCCUGCCGCUGGAGGGUACCCCUGACCUGGGCGGGGCUGUUACCGGGGUAACAGUGGACCUGGCUGAGAAACAGAAGUCGCGGCACAGCAGCGGCGGCAGCAGCCUGGACAACCUGCAGCCUGCCGGGCAGGACAACCUCGCAGCCUCGUGCCGCGCAACCAAGGGCAGCAAGCGGGGCUCCCACAGGCGCAGCAAGGUCAGAGUUCACGAGGACAAGGGCAGAGGUCAGGAGGACAAGGGCAGAGGUCAGGACGACAAGGUUAGGAUUCAGGAGGUCAAAAUUCAGGAGGACAAGGAUGGAGAGAGAAGAGUCUGGAGCAGGGAGGAGUCGGACCGGAGAGUUUGGACCCGUGACAGCAGCGAUCCCAGCGCCCGGGCCUGGGGCCGUGAUAGCAGUGACACUGGGGGUAGAGCCUGGGGCCGGGACAGCUGUGGCAGCUCCUGCCCCUCCCCCUCUAUCAGCCUCUGCAGCACCACAGACUCCCACUGCAGCAGGACAGACUCACACUACUCCGAGGGCAGUCUGGCCAUGUCUGCUCACACAGACACCUCCAGCAGAGGGUCUGCUGCUGCCAUGUCUGCUCACACGGACACAUCCAGCAGAGGGUCCGCUGCUCACACGGACACCUCCAGCAGAGGGUCUGCUGCUGCCAUGUCUGCUCACACGGACACCUCCAGCAGAGGGUCUGCUGCUCACACAGACACCUCCAGCAGAGGGUCUGCUGCGGCCAUGUCUGCUCACACAGAUACCAGAGGGUCUGCUGCUCAUACCAGAGCGUCUGCAAAACUUGACUCAUCAAGCCACAGCAUUAGUUCUGCAACAUCAGCCAAGACAGACACUUCUAGCUGUACUACUGCUGCAGGAAUGUCAGACAAAAUGGACGCCUCUAGCCAGUCUUCAGAUGCUGACACCAUGUCAGCAAAGACUUCUGGGUCCGGGGUGCCCUCUCAUGGCGACCAGUCGACUCGAGGCUCGGGAGUUGCGUGCAGUCGAAGCAUUUCCCCGCUAACAGAAGUGGAAAACGACCGCCCGGAUGUCCUAAGUCCUGCGCCCGCCCGCAUCGUGUCUUUUCCCUCGGAGACGCAGUCGCUAGGUCACAUUGUGGAGGAGAGGGAAGUUGGCGGUGGGGAGGGGGGCUGUGGGGAGGGGGGCAGCAGGAGAUGCCACAGCAUGGAGGAGCCAAGCCCUGUCCACAUGGCCAGACAUCAGCACAGCUCUCUAUAGGACUGUUUACAUAGAACAGACUGAACUAUAGAGCAACAGAUUGAACUAUAGAACAGAUUGAACUAUAGAACAACAGAUUGAACUAUAGAACAACAGAUUGAACUAUAGAACAACAGAUUGAACUAUAGAACAACAGAUUAAACUAUAUGAUAACACAUUUAACUAUAAACCAAUGGAGUUUCCUAUAGAACUAGAGUUUACAGGAAGACCACUAAGAAUGACAGUUGUGUAUGAAAGGAGAGUCUAGAGUUAUCUGUAGAACAGCAAAGUUGCAGAAUGACAUAAUUUACUUUCAAUGGUCAGUGUAAAACAAUUCACAUUGUUUGAUUCACGUGGCAUAUGUUGCGGCGAAUGGAAGAUUUUAUAAAGCUGCAUUGUAAAACAGUAUACUUAACUGUAGAGCAGUGGGGUUCACUGUAAACUGUAGAGCAGUGGGGUUCACUGUAAACUGUAGAGCAGUGGGGUUCACUGUAAACUGUAGAACAGUGGGGUUCACUGUAAACUGUGCAAAUCUCAAAGUGAAGAUGUUCUGUGAAGUUUUGUGAACCAGCAGUGCAUUGUGGGAACUGGUGACAUUGUUGCAUUGACCUGGCUGCCAUCACCAGUGGCAGCCACUUGCCGGAACGUUGCCAUAGCAACAGUUUCUAUGUAGAACAGCUGUUGCCUUCUAGGUCUCACUCUGUUGCCAAGGACAUGCACCAGUAUAUAGAACAGCUGUUGUCAAGGACACUAUGAAGUAUAUUUGUUCAAUGUUCUUGUUUUUGCCCAGUGGCUGGUUGUGCCAGACUUGCCCAGUGGGUGGAUGUAAUUUGUGUAAGUUGUAGUUUUGAGUAUGGACUGAGGAAGACCACACGGCAGCUGCCAGUAGCAGAUAGUCUUGCUCAAACUGUCUGUGCUCUGCCCAACAGCAGAGUUAGAGAGGUGAUGCGUAGGGGCUAAGUCGGUGAGCUAAUUUACAAAUGUAGGUGACCACGGAACCAGCAGAGGUGACCACUGAACCAGCAGAGGUGACCACUGAACCAGCAGAGGUGACCACUGAACCAGCAGAGGUGACCACUGAACCAGCAGAGGUGACCACUGAACCAGCCAGCAGAGGUGACCACUGAACCAGCAGAGGUGACCUCUGAACCAGCAGAGGUGACCUCUGAACCAGCAGAGGUGACCACGGAACCAGCAGAGGUGACCUCUGAACCAGCAGAGGUGACCACUGAACCAGCAGAGGUGACCACGGAACCAGCAGAGGUGACCACGGAACCAGCAGAGGUGACCACGGAACCAGCAGAGGUGACCACGGAACCAGCAGAGGUGUAACCUCUGAAGCAGUGCAAGUGACCUGUUUUGAAGGUCAAUCCAUGCUGUGAUGAAAUGUGAUCCAACAGAGGCAGUUUUAAAUUUCUCCUGUUGGCCAGAGGAAGAAAACUGCAGGAUGAGACCAUGUGUUGUGUAACGGCUCACUUUAGAUGUAGAGAUUACUAUUUUGUGUUCUGGCCUUCCCAAAUGCUGCAACAUGAACAUUUUGGUCUCAGACCAAAUUCAUUUUGGUCCAGUAUGAAUCCAUAUUUUACCAAAUAGUACCACGAUGUAAGGAAAUUAAAGUAAAUAAAGUUAUGUUUUUUCA